AUGCGGCCUCCACAAUUGUUCGCCCCGGCGCUUCUCCUCCUUGCUGCAAGCUUUGCGCAUGCCGCAUGGGACUUUGACGAUGGAAGCAUCUCGGUUGUUGCCAAGCAGUCGGGCGACAGCAUCAAGGAGAAGCAAGUAGCAUUGCUGAACCCAAAGGCGCCUCUUUCGAAACCCGUCUCUCUCGGCAGCACAUCUACGCUCAAGUUGAGUCUUACGGCGAAGGACAAUGGCAAGGGGAAACGGCCUCACCAGGCUUUCCUGGUCCUCCAAGAGCAGGAGUCAGGGUUAAAGGCGCCUUUCCCUCUAACAGUCAAGGAGAAUGGCAAGGCAGCCGCUCAGAUUUCCCAAAAGGACAUUCCGAUCCAGCUGCUCAAUGCCGCUAAACCAUUAAAGGCCUCUAUCGUGCUGGCUUCUUUUGGAUCCUCUGAAGGGUUUAACGCGCCUGUCUUCAACGUAAAGAUUGAGGCCGACCCGGCAGUCCCGCUCUCCGCCUACGAGCGGCCCCUCCGAUAUGGCAAGAAGCCCGAGAUACAUCACAUCUUCCGCCCUGACCCGAAGAGCCCGCCCAAGGUAGUCUCGCUUUUCUUUGCGCUGGCCGUGGUGGCUACACUGCCUGCGCUGUUCAUUGGCUGGAUCUUCCUGGGAGCCAACCUCAACCACCUGUCCAAGGCAAUUGGCGCCGCACCUCUGUCGCAUGCGACUUUCUUUGGCUCUAUCGUGGCCAUGGAAUUCGUCUUCUUCAUGUACUACACCAGCUGGAACCUGUUCCAGACUUUGCCUGUCAUUGGCGCGGUCGCAGUGAUAACGCUGCUGAGUGGUACAAAGGCCUUGGGUGAGGUGCAGAGGAGAAGGCUCGCCGGAGAACGCUGA